AUGUCUGAGGGCUAUCGGGCUAUCUUCACCUCGCCCCAGGGCCACGGCGAGCUCGCCGUAGGCCUCAAGAGCCUUCUUAAGCUCACCGUCCUGGACCUUGUCGGUCACGUACUUGACAUAGCCGAGGGUGCCCUCCUUAUCAGCAGGAGCGGCAGAGAUGGAUUGAGGUCGGUUCUGGCGCUUGGAAUCGGAGCCAGCUGUCUGCCAACCGGCGGCAUCCUUUGGCUGGGCCUCGGCAACAGGGGCAGCAGCAGGAGCAGCAGCAGGAGCAACAGGGGCAGCAGGAGCAGCAGGCUGGGCGGCAACGGCAGCGGCAGCGGCAGCGGGCGCAGCGGCGGGAGCAGGAGCACGGCUCUGGCUCUGGGCAGGAGGAGUGGCGGUCUUGGGGAGAGGGACCACAGGUCGAGGUCCGGCAGCGGCAGCGGCACGGCUGGCCCAGGUCAUGGGCUUAGGGGGACCAGUGGGCUCAGGAGCGGCAGCCUCAGGCUGAGCAAUCUCCUUGGCGGCGGGGGAAGGGGUGGGAUCUUGAGGCUUCUCGGCAGCCUUAGCAUCCUCCUCAGCGAGAUCCUUGGCGGUGGUCUCGGGAUCAGGCUUGGCGGCCUCGGCCUUGGUGGCGGGCUUCUCCGCCUCGACCUUCUCCUCGGCAACCGGGGCGGCUUCCUCAGAUGA